UCUCAAAUAGCCCAAACGGAACGAUACCGACAUCACAUGAAACCAUUUGUGAGAGGAGACAAAUGCUUAUUCAGAUGCAGUCAUAACCCGAGACCUGGCAUACGACACACAGCUCCAGCUUUCGCGUCUGAUUCCAGGGAUGACAUCUGGCCAGUGAUGCAGAGGGCAGAAUGCAUGCGGCAUCAUUUGUCACAGAGACCCUGCUGAAAGGGACAGCUCGAGAUUUUUUGGGCUAAAUAAAUCCGGCCUGUUAUUUUUAUUCAUUUAUUAAUAUUUAACCGGGACUAUGACGUUGUUCGGUGUUCACACUCAACAACAAGAGAGAUACGCAUGAAAUCGCAUUGGAAUUAUAAAUAAGAGGAAACAGACGCAACACGUUGUUGGCUGGUCAUCAGGGGCUCAAGGUGUCAUUAAGUCUUCAUUCAUGGGAUGCCGUCUCAGCAUGUGUCCUGUCACAUCGCCCCCUGCCCCAUCUCCUGUGUCCCUCUCAUCUGUCCAUCUGUGAGGUCCUGACGCCAGCAGGGGCUCAUGAGACGCUUUGUGUACUGUAAGGUGGUGCUGACCACCUCUCUGGUCUGGGUGCUAGUGGACGUCUUCCUGCUGCUGUACUUCAGUGAGUGCAACAAAUGCGACAACAAGAAGGACCACUCACUCCUGCCUGUGCUCAGAGCGGUGAUGUCCCUCACCCAGGUGGCACCAGGUGAAAUGGGGAAGGCUGUGAUCAUUCCCAAAGAAGAGCAGGAGAAGAUGAAAGAGCUCUUUAAAAUCAAUCAGUUCAACCUUAUGGCCAGUGACAUGAUUGCGCUUAACAGGAGUCUGCCAGAUGUCCGGCUGGACGGCUGUAAAACCAAGACGUACCCUGAUGACCUUCCAAACACCAGCAUUGUGAUCGUGUUUCAUAAUGAAGCCUGGAGCACACUUCUAAGAACCAUACACAGCGCCAUAAACCGCUCGCCCAGACACCUGCUGCUCGAGAUUCUGCUGGUGGAUGAUGCCAGCGAGAGAGAUUUUCUAAAGAAAAAAUUAGAGGACUAUGUUGCGACUCUGGAGGUUCCAGUGCGAAUUUUGAGGAUGGAGCAGCGAUCCGGUUUGAUCCGAGCACGACUAAGAGGGGCGGCCGCCACACGAGGACAGGUCAUCACCUUCCUGGACGCUCACUGUGAGUGUACUGUAGGGUGGCUGGAGCCACUGCUGGCCCGGAUCAAAGAGGACAGGAGGGCUGUGGUCUGUCCAAUCAUUGAUGUCAUCAGUGAUGAGACAUUCGAGUACAUGGCCGGCUCAGAUAUGACCUAUGGGGGAUUCAACUGGAAGCUCAACUUCAGAUGGUAUCCAGUUCCUCAGAGAGAGAUGGACCGACGCAAGGGGGACAGAACCCUUCCCGUUAGAACUCCCACAAUGGCAGGAGGUCUGUUCUCUAUUGACAGAACCUAUUUUGAAGAGAUUGGCACCUAUGAUUCAGGCAUGGACAUAUGGGGAGGGGAAAACCUUGAAAUGUCUUUUAGGAUCUGGCAGUGUGGAGGAUCUAUGGAGAUAGUCACAUGUUCUCAUGUAGGCCAUGUGUUCCGGAAGGCCACACCAUACAGCUUCCCUGGUGGAACUGGUCAGGUGAUCAACAAGAACAACAGACGAUUGGCUGAAGUCUGGAUGGAUGAGUUCAAAGAUUUCUUCUACAUCAUCUCACCAGGUGUGGUUCGGGUGGAUUAUGGCGAUGUUUCUGCUCGGAAGGCUUUGAGGGAAUCUCUGAAGUGUAAACCCUUCUCAUGGUACCUGGAGAACAUCUACCCCGACUCGCAGAUCCCACGCAGAUAUUUCUCACUUGGGGAGAUCAGAAAUGUUGAGACAAAUCAGUGUGUGGAUAACAUGGGCCGUAAAGAGAAUGAAAAGGUUGGCUUCUUCAACUGUCAUGGAAUGGGCGGCAACCAGGUGUUCUCAUAUACGGCUGACAAAGAGAUCCGGACUGAUGAUCUGUGUCUGGAUGCAUCACGGCUAAAUGGACCUGUUGUUAUGCUGAAGUGCCACCACAUGAAAGGAAACCAGAUGUUUGAGUACGAUGCAGAGCGGCUGACUCUGCUCCAUGUGAACAGUAACCAGUGUCUGGACAUGCCUUCUGAAGAGGAUAAGAUGGUUCCCACUCUCAGAGACUGCAGCGGCAGGCGAUCACAGCAGUGGAUCCUGAGAAACAUGACGCUAACUGUCUGACAGAGCCGGCAACAACCAGUUCAAACCUGAAUCUCGGCACACACCACACAACACGAGACCUGGAGCCAGGCUUUGAUCAGGAGAACCACACACAGCCCAUUUGCUGACCCAUUUGUGACCAGGCUUGUGUCUCUGUUCAUGUCUGGACUGUUUCCUUUAGCUCUCAGAUUCACUGGUCUGGCAUCAGAUCACAGCCCAUGACCAGCUCUUGGCGAGGUUUAAACGCUUGCUGUCUCUGAUCUGAGCAUGUGUCACUGGCUAUCUAUGCUGCUCAUCUUGUGUGGGAGUUCUGGUGCCUCUUGAUAUCCUACACGUCAUAUCUUUGACAGUAGCCCAUAUGUUUCUUUCGAGAUGGAGUGAUUGUGUCAGCUUCCACUGUGCUGAAGUGCAUUUAACUCUGAGCAGAAGUUUAACUCAGCUCCGCUUUCCUUUCAGCACCUGAAGGGAUUGUGUGUUGGUCAGCGGAUUGUAUGCCAACUGUAUUACUCACUGCUGUUUCUCAAAACUGACUUGAUCUCUUUCAGUAAGGCUGCAAUAUAUACAGUACUUGACCUGCCUUAAAGGGAUAGCUACCCAAAAAUGUUUGGAAAUGUUGUCUGUCAUGAUUUACUCACUCUCAAGGCAAAACCUGUAUGAGUUUCUUUCUUCUGUUGAACACAAAACUGGCACAUUUUAGGUAACCUGAAUUGUUUCAUUGUUAAACUUUUUUCUUUAAAUUUAACUUAAAUUUAUCAGAAAUCAGGCUGAAUUUCUAUUUCUCAUCAUGCUUUGCUAUGGCACUCAAAAAGAAGAAUAAAUGCUAAAAAUUAAGUGUUAUAUAAUGGUAAGCAGGAGAUUUAGUAGCUUUAAAUGUUGCUAUGCUAAGUUAGAAAAGU